CAAUCAUGUAACGGUGUACUACUACCACAGUAGAUCGUAGCUCCAGCUCUACCGCUCUGCAUUGCGAUGAGAAGCUCCUCUCAAGGGGUUAUCCACAACCCUAUUGACUAUUGACGUCAUCUCGUCACCGGAGAAGUGAUCUCUUACUAAGACUUGGUGAAAGGACAAAAAUUCUCUCGAUACAUAAAGGGAGAAGAGGAGAAACUGAAUCAUACACUUAUAACUAGUAUAAACCAGAGGGGAGCUAGCAGAGCUGUGACUGGCUCAGGUCAGGAAUGGUGGAUCACUUGCCGAUGGGCGAGGAGACCUUCAUGUAUUACGCCAACUCUCCGGCAGACCAUCACGCAUCGGACAUGGUGACAGACACGGGUGUCUACCAGGCGCUGUCCUCCCCGUUCUCAGAGGAUGACCUGAGUGACUCGUCCAGCGCUCGCUCCUGCUCCAGCCCUGAGUCCCAGGUCCUAGGUUCCAGCUACGGCAGCAGCAGCAGCAGUGGAGAGAGCCAGGACGGUCUCCUGGACUUCCUGCUCUCCCAGGCCACACUGAGACGUGUAGUUACUCCCUCUCUAUCCCCCUCAGUACCACCCAUCCUCCCCAUGGGUCUAGCAUGGGAGUCAAAGAGGGACCGCCUGUCUCCACCAACUAAAGAGGAGUGCUUUGAAUUCCCUGAGUUCCCAGCGGACCUGGAUGAUCACAUAGGGCUGCUGUUUCAGCCCACCCUGGAGGAGAUAGAGGAGUUCCUGGAGGAGAAUAUGGAGGUGGUGGCGUUGAAGAAUGAGGCUUGCGAGGGUGGGAUGUUGGAUGUAAACAGUCAGGUGACAGGGUCAGUGCCUGGGCUAGCGCACUCAGACCAAACAGUACCUGUUGCCGGUGCUACUGACCUCACCACAGAGACCAAACACACACCAACAUCCCCGAUAACAGACUCCAACGUUUGUAGUGGGAUUAAACAGGAAGACAGUGCUGGGACACCAGCAUCAGUAGAGGGGUCCGGUGUGCCGCCUGUCAUCCUGCAGAUUCAACCAAUCCAGAUUAAGCAAGAGCCAAUCCCAGGUGCGAUACCAACACCAGUAUCACAGCAGACCACCCAGCCCACCUCAGACAUCAAAAUCGCCCAGCUCCUGGUCAACAUCCAGGGCCAGACUUUUGCCCUGGUGCCCCAGCUGAUGUCCCCAGCUAAUCUCAAUGGCACAUCUUCCAAAUUUGUGCGCAUCGCACCCGUACCCAUAGCCGCCAAGCCCCUGGGUCCCGGGGAGGGUGGGCUUGCAGGUGGCCAGGCUGCAGGGAUCCUGGUGGGAGGACAGAAGUUCCAGAAGAGCUCGGUAGCGGACCUUAUAAAAAUGCAUAAGUGCACUUUCCCUGGAUGUGCCAAGAUGUACACUAAGAGCAGCCACCUGAAGGCCCACCUGAGGAGGCACACGGGGGAGAAGCCCUUUGCCUGCACCUGGCCUGGCUGUGGAUGGAGGUUCUCGAGGUCAGACGAACUCUCCAGACACCGGCGCUCCCAUUCUGGAGUGAAGCCUUACCAGUGUCCUGUUUGCGAGAAGAAGUUUGCCCGCAGCGAUCACCUGUCCAAACACAUCAAAGUCCACCGCUUUCCACGAAGCAGCAGGACUGUGCGCUCCGCAAACUGACCCUGCUGACCCCCCCCCCC